AAGAAAAAACAAAACAAAAGAAAAAGAUUCUCCACCACAUAACUUGUUCCUCAUUCACUCCGCUUCUCUGUACUUAUGCACAAAUCAGCUUAACUCAAAAGCAGACGCAACAAAUGUCCCUAGGAUCCCUUCUGCAUUCACUGUAGUUGUUGUCUCAGUCUAUGUUUUAUUGUUUUCCAACUAACUUCAGAGCUUGACUCAUUCUUCACUGUGCCUUUUAGAUCAUCGAAUUAAACUUUGGGUGCUUCAGAUUUUCGGUGUUGGUGAUUUUGGAUUAAUGGGGAGUGGAAUGUUUGGAAGGUGUGAUUUUGUUGUUGUUGUGGUGUUGGUGGUGUUGGUGGGGUUGGUGGGGUCAGUGAGUGGGAUUGGUGUGAACUGGGGGACACAGUCGACACACCCUUUGUCUCCUUCGAAGGUGGUGAAGAUGCUGAAGGACAAUGGCAUUCAGAAGGUGAAACUCUUUGAUGCUGAUCCUGGUAUUUUGGAUGCUCUCAAGAAGUCUGGGAUACAGGUUAUGGUGGGGAUUCCCAAUGACAUGCUUUAUACGCUCGCCAACAGUGUUGAAGCAGCUGAGAAAUGGGUUUCCAAGAAUGUUUCCAAACAUGUCUCUUCUGGAGGAGUUGACAUCAGGUAUGUUGCAGUGGGGAAUGAACCAUUCUUGUCAACAUACAAUAGAUCCUAUGAAACCACAACUCUUCCAGCACUUCAAAACAUUCAGGCAGCUCUCACAAAGUCCGGUUUGAGCAACCGUGUGAAGGUCACAGUCCCCUUAAAUGCCGAUGUGUACCAAAGCUCGUCAGAGAAGCCGUCAGACGGCGGUUUCAGACCAGACAUUAACAAUCUGAUGGUACAGAUUGUGAAGUUCUUGAAUGACAAUGGCGCACCUUUCACAGUGAACAUCUACCCUUUCAUCAGCCUCUACACUGACCCCAAUUUCCCUGUUGACUAUGCCUUCUUUAACGGCUACCAGCCUGCUAUAAAUGACAAUGGAAGAAACUACGACAACGUGUUUGAUGCUAACCACGACACUCUGGUGUGGGCACUGCAGAAGAAUGGCUUCGGAAACUUGCCUAUAAUUGUAGGGGAAAUUGGGUGGCCUACAGAUGGAGACAGAAAUGCAAACCUUCAAAGUGCACAACGUUUCAACCAAGGUUUCAUGUCACGUUACAUGUCUGGAAAAGGGACCCCAAUGAGGCCCAGUCCUAUAGAUGCUUAUUUGUUCAGUCUGAUAGAUGAAGACGCCAAAAGCAUUCAGCCAGGGAACUUUGAGCGUCAUUGGGGGAUGUUUUACUUGGAUGGACAACCAAAAUACCAACUUAAUCUUGGGUCUGCAAGAGGUAAUGGGUUAGUGGGUGCUGAGGGGGUUGAUCAUUUGGCUAAAAAGUGGUGCGUUUUGAAACCUUCGGCAAACCUUAACGAUGACCAAGUGGCACCUAGUGUGGCCUAUGCUUGUCAAAAUGCUGAUUGCACUAGUCUUGGGUAUGGAACUUCUUGUGGCAAUUUGGAUGUGCAUGGUAACAUUUCUUAUGCGUUUAACAGUUACUAUCAGGUCAAUGACCAGAUGGACAGUGCCUGCAAAUUCCCUGGCCUUUCUAUGGUCACUGACAAAGAUCCUUCUGUUGGAGAUUGCAAGUUCAGAAUCAUGAUCCAGACAGAUUCCGCUGUGCUACAUGGAAAAAUUGGAUCUCUACCCACAGUGCUGUGUUCUUUUGUAAUUUUCCUAUGUUGUAAUCUUUUGUUUUGAUUUGUUUGCCUUGUUACUUGUAUUUGAAUGCAUGCAGGUAACUGUGUAGCAAGUGUAAGAAAAAAGUGACUUAAAUUGUUUAUUAAUGCAAUGUUGUCUGACUUA